GACAGGAGUUAUCUUUCUUGUUUGAGGUUGUGUUCCGCGUUUGUGGUUACUUCGCGCACGAUGACGCUCCAGGUUUGUACUUAGGGUUAUAGCUGUGUCAGAAUCCUCUGGUAACAUGGAGUUAAAAGGACGAGUGGUCGUUUAUUCCAUUUUGGGAUGUCCUCAUUGCAUGCAGGCUAAAAAUACACUUCAACAAAACAAGAUUUCUUACACGGACAUUAGUCUGGAGCGGUUCCCGCAGUGUAGGGAGGAGCUGAUCGCUAAAACAGGAAGGAAGACGGUCCCCCAGAUAUUCUUUAAUGCUACUCACGUCGGUGGAAACGAUGAUCUGCAAACCUUGAUCAAAGACAAGGAGAAAUUUGAGGCGCUCCUGAAUGAUCUGAUCACUAAUGAGGCCCCUCCAGAGGCUCCCGUUAUUCCUGAUCCGGAUACUGCAGUUCCAGAUUCAGAUGUGGGUGAUUUCUCCUGUGAGCCAGAUGAAUAUGCCAUCUUGGUCAAGAAUCUCAAAGAGAGUGGCCUAAUCAAGGACCAUAGGAGACUGUUGAUUCUCCACAAAAACACAUUUGUAGGGAAGGAGUUUGUGGACUGGAUUGUGAAAACCAAGGGUUUAGAGAGAAGUGUUGCCGUGGAGAUGGGCCAGAAGCUGAUAGAUCAACACUUUGGACACAAUCUCAAAUCAGCUGAGAAAUUCCAGGACUCGGAUGCCCUGUACCGACUUCUGGAUGAUGACGAUUCAACAGCUCUGAAUGCGGGAGAAAUGUCAGAGUGUGGACCCCGACCUGCUGGUGACUUGGGUGAAGACAUAAGGAAACUCAUAUUGAAAAUAUAUGCUGCCUUUUUGUCAAAAGAUGGAAAAAAAGUAGACUACAAGGGAAUAGCUGGGAGUGACGAAUUCAAGAAAUAUGUACGUCUGACAAAAGAACUACAGAGAGUAAACAUAGCAGACGCUAGCAUGGACGAAAAAGUGGCCUUCUUCAUCAACAUCUACAAUGCUUUGGUCAUCCACGCCAAUGUGUCUGUAGGCCCACCGGUCAAUCUCUGGCAGAGAUACAAGUUUUUCAACACUGUGCGUUAUAUCAUUGGUGGACAUGCCUACUCUCUACAGGAUAUGGAGAAUGGGGUUCUAAGAGCUAACAGGAAGGGUGUAGGAAUGUUAUUCCGGCCAUUCUCGCAGUCAGACCCUCGAUUUCACAUUGCAUUAGAGGAACCAGAGCCCUAUAUUCACUUUGCCCUAGUGUGUGGAGCCAAGAGUUGUCCCCCUAUCAAGACCUACUCAACCGAUGGUUUAAAUGAGCAGCUGAAGCUGGCAGCAGAGGCGUUUUUAGACGGUGAUGAUGGCCUUACUAUCAACAUGAGCAGGAAACAAAUCAUGCUGACUAAAAUUCUCAGCUGGUACCAAGAGGAUUUUGGAAAAAAUAAAGAAGAGGUGAAACUGACAUUAAUCACUUAGUUUUGCGGUGGAUUUUAUCAAACUUACCCGAUGGAGAGAGGAAAUCUCAGUUGAGGGAACUGUUGGAUGGGAAGUCUUACAAAGUGGGAUACAUGGUUUACGACUGGGGGCUCAAUUCCUAAAUCGUUACAUCACUUUGUGGAGGCUCUUUUGUAAUCAAUUUCUGAUGUUUCCUACGAAAAAAAUGGCCCAGCCAUGACGAAUUGUACAUUCCUGAAACAUCAAGGAUCAUCAAUGUGAAAAUGUAGGCAGCAUACAUAUGUGUUUUAUGCUUAAUUCAGAUUUCAUUGAAAUGUGUCCUCAGAAAAUCAUCCAGUGAAUAUCAGACCACCAUCAUGUUGUAUUUCAAUAAGUACAUAUGGAGCUGUUUUUACAGGUCACUUUUUAUAUUAAAAAAAAACUUAUCUGCUAUAGUUUACUAGCAUCUGAACAGAUAUUUAGACCUAUUUACAGGUGAUAUAUGAUAUUAUUGAUAUAUGAUCUAACAUAUCUUGAGUAUGUAGUAUUUGUUUGUUGACUGUGAUAAACUCAACCACUUGAUAGGUCACCUGAGUCGUUCAGGUGACCAAUUCUGAUCUGUUGCUGUUUUAUUUUGCUUGUCAUUUGUUGUAGGUAUAACAUUUUAACCUCUUCUUAAAAUCUACAUGACUAGUUUUCAUCAAUAUUGGUGUGUUGCAUCAUUGGUUAGGGGAACAAAAAUUGUGAAGUUCAUGGCCAGUGUCUCCAAGAAGCCACAAGCAUGGGGCGAAAGCGUCUGAUGAAUCAUUCCUUUAUUAAUAGUUUUUAAAGCAGGUUUACUCAAUCUUUGAGACUGUGUACACAAAUAAGAUAAGGAAGAUGAAUUUUCAAUGGGAUAUUUAAAUUUUAUUACUGCGGGUUUAUCAGUGUAGACUCUGAUAACCAGGCUGUUUGCAUUAGGCAUUUAAUUUGUAAAAAAUAACUUUAUUCUUUACACAUGAACAUCUAACAAAUAUAAAGCUGAAUACUUUAAUGUGAGUAGUAUGACAGUCUCUACCAUAAUUAUGGAAAUUCAUAACCCUUCGGUCAAGGGUUCAGGCUAUUGGGUGUCCACUAUUAAUUCUGAUUUUAGUUUAUCUUUGUGUGAUAUGCAGGUGAGCAUUAAGGUCCAUGGGUAUCUUCUCCUUUUGAUACAAGCCAGGGCUUGAAAUUAGCGAGAAAUACUCGCGAAUUGCGAGUAGAUUUGAAAAAUAGCGAGUAAAAAUAGGGGACACUCGAAAAUCUCAGCGAGUGGGGAUUUACAAACCAUGAUCGUAUCGUAUCCGUUUUAAGCCGCGAUGCCCCAUUCGCUUUUCUUAAACUUGCACUCAAAAUCAUACAAACGCUUACAUGAACGACUGAUUUCAACAACCGUUUCCAUCCGGAUUUUUCUUUUAUGAUUUUUUAAGAAACUCAGUGUCAAACAAAGAGGUCGGACAUUGCAUUAUAAUGAAAAAUAUAGACCUGUUCACUUAUAGGGGUGAUUAAAUUGACUUGGUAAAACAUAGACUCCGAUUUCUUGUUAGAUAAAUGAAUAACAAAAAGCUCAUAUAUACUUGGAAUUCAAGUCUUCCGGUAGUUAAUUUAAUCAGAAUUUUCUAUUUACAUUAAUUCAGUUUCAUAUUGAGGUCGGGUUGUAGUCAUGGCACGAGUGCACAGCUCACCAUGUGGGCGAUUACCAAAAAAAAAAAAAAUCAUGGGGCUCGUGAUCGUGCUGCUUAUAAACCAUGAGUCUGGGAUUCGCUUUCAAAAAUUACUCGUGACAACCCUGACGUGGCAUGAAAUUGGAAGACAUUGGAUCUAUACCUGCGGUAAGCAGGUUGUGAAUAUUAGAGAUGCGAUGGUCAAGAGACCUAAACAUUGCAUCAUAUGACUUACGUAAAUUAGUGUUUUGUCCAAACGAUGCCUGUUGACCCACUAGGCUCAGUAAUGGUGGGGAAAAUCAUUGAUUAAAAAAAAAAAACAUGACAAAAGAGCACUGCUUUAUUAUUUUUAUUUUAGCUUGUAGGUUUUCAUUUUAGCCUGUGGAUUUUUUACCCACAGGCUAAAAUUAGCCUGUGGAAGAAAAAGUUAAUUUCGACCCCUGCAAGCAUAAGAAAUCCAAGUAUUGUAUUUAGAUGUUUGUAAAGACUUGUGAAUAGAACUGUAUACUUGAACUCUGAUAUUGUCAAAUUAAUGCAGUUAGUAGUUUAUUUAACAAAAAUUGUUGCUGUUGUCCAACAUUUUCUGCCUUUGAAUUUUUUCACAUCACUGCUACAUGUAAGUUACUUGAAUUUUUUUAAGUAUGACUACUAGUACAUGUGACUUGAUGGCUUUUCCGUCACUAUUAAUUUAAAGACACAAUUUCAAGUGUACUAAUGUCCCUUUAUACAAGGAGAAGUUUGAAGGCAUUAUGUAAGCUAUAAAAUGCAAUAUUUUUCGUACAUUCUCAUUGCAUUUUUUUUUUAUAUCAUUGGGAGACAGUCUUAGAGAUCUGUCAUUUCAUUAUAAUGUGUCGUACUGAAGACGUUUUUACAACUAUAAACAAGCAUGAGUUUGUUCACCAAGUUUGAUUGUGUGUUUUAUGAUAAUAAAGAAAGCAAUUUAUUUUGAAUUGUUUUAUUAUUUCAUUGCUUACUUUUACCUAUAUGACAAAUUUUGUGUUUUGAAUUGAUGUUAUGAUGAUAGCUUGGUUAAAUUUUGUGUUUACUACAUGUCAAUUUCAGUCGAAUAAAGAUGUUGAAUUUAAA